CCAUUAAGCCCCUCUCCUUCGCAAGGCCGAGAUUCUGAAGCUCAACGCGACUGACCCAAAAAGGGAAAACUAAAAACAGCGGUUUUGUUCUUGGAGGGGAGAGCUCGAAUUUCGAAACCAAAUUCAUUUUUCGCGAAGGCUUAGGGUUUCGGCGCAUCCUCUCGCUCAGAGCAAUUCCGGAUUCCGCUCCAUCUCCGGUCUUGUAGUUCCCAUCACCUCUCAUACUAGCUGUUCGCGGUUGCCGUUAGGGUUAGGGUUUAAGUAUUUCGUUACAAUGUAUGCUGAUCGAGUGGAAGCUUCGGAGAAGAUGUCUGUGAAGGAGCGUCUCAAUGGCAAUUCCGUCGGUGACUCUUCCCGCCGGAGACAAGUAACUGGCAAAAGGCAAAGGCAAGAUGACAAGUGGGAACAUGACCUCUUUGAUAAUGACGAACCACGCACUUCGAAUCACAGAAUAGAUGCACGGGAUCUUCGACUAAAGCUCCAAAAGAAAAGCCAAGCACCUCAAACUGGAAGAGGAGGCAUUCGGGAUUUGAGAGAGAAACUGUCUGGGAUAAUGAAUCCACAACUGGUGAAUUCUGAUCCACCAAAACCAACUAGGAGAGGUGUUGCUGCUGAAGUUCCUGAACUUGAGAUUAAGAAAGUUGCCAGUGUUGCUACCAAAAAGAAGUCUCAGCAAAAGGCAAAAGAUACAUCAGUGGACAGCUUUUUGGAGUCAUUGGGUCUUGAAAAAUACCAAAUCACUUUUCAGGCCGAGGAAGUUGACAUGACCGCUCUUGUACACAUGAAUGACGAUGAUCUUAAGGCUUUGGGCAUUCCAAUGCAGCAGCAACGUUCACAUGUGCCCAAGUUUGGCAACUGGGAGAGUGAAGAGCAAGUCCCAUACACUCAAUAUUUCGACAAGGCAAGGAAGGGCCGAACCGAUGGGAAGAUGAUCAACCCAAAUGAUCCCAUGGAGAACCCAGAUUUGCUUCCUGCUUCUAAGGUUGUCAAAGUUGAACCAGUCAAACAGGGUGUUGGCUCUCCAGCACGCCCUGACAACGGGACCCGCAGAGCUGGGCAGGGAGGAGGCCGUGGAGGAGGAGCAGCAGCAGUAAGCCGCCCUGCAAGGAACAGUGCUGGGUCCGAUAACAGCUUCGAACGUUCGCCACUCCAUCCUCAUGCUAGGAUCUCAGGAGGCCGUGCCAGUGGGGCACCAUCACCGGUCUGGGAAGGGAAGAGUUCCCAUGAGAGCAGCCAUGGUACACCUGGAAGGUCAAGAUUGAGACCGAAAGGCGAUGAGAGUCCUGACAAGGGUGCUGCUGUACCAAAGUUUGGGGACUGGGACGAGAACAACCCGGCAUCAGCAGAUGGAUAUACUCACAUCUUCAACAUGGUGAGGGAAGAGAGACAGGGUGGCGUGGCAGGUAGAGGACCUGGUGGCACCUAUGGCGACUCGUCCCAUGGGAAUGCUCGGAAGCACAACUCGGGAGAAACCACCUUGUGUCACUGCUUUCCCUGGGGAAGAAAGUGAUGGUGGAGAUUGUACUGAUAUUGGGAGGAUCAGGAAACCAAUCAUUCAGAGAAAGAGGUGUGGGAGAACUGUAAAUACCUUUGAAGGCUCUCUGUAUUAUCUGUUUCUUGUUCUGAUGUUUUGAUUUCAUGGAGAGCAAGUUGAUUCUCUCUUUGUAUUUGUGGGUGGUUAUAUCUUGUGGUGGGAAAACAGACCAAUACGCCAUCGAUUUUUGUGGGACUCUUGGCUCUAUUUUACUUCGUUCUCUUUUGAAUAUAGAACAAGACGAUUUCAAUUCGAGCUAUCAUGGU